AGAACGGCCUCAGCCGCCGCCGGGGGAGGAAGCUGCGCUGGACGCGCGGGUCUCGGGGGUGCGGCCCCCAUGGACCUGCCCUACUACCACGGCCGCCUGUCCAAGAAGGACUGCGAGGGCCUGCUGCUCGCCCGGCGGGCGGACGGCGACUUCCUGCUGCGGGACAGCGAGUCCGUGCCGGGCGUCCUGUGCCUCUGCGUCUCCUUCAACAACUUGGUCUACACGUACCGCAUCUUCCAGGACAAGUACGGGCACUACAAGAUACAGACCGCGGACAGCGUCCCGAACCAGGCCUUCCCCAGCCUCCAGGAGCUGGUCUCCAAGUUCCGGAAGCCCAACCAGGGACUGGUGUUCCCACUCCUGAACCCCGUGGAGCGGGCCGGGCCCGGCCUGCGGUGGCAGAGCUCGAAGGUGGACACGGAGGAUGACGACGACUACGAGAACUGCAGCAGCGAGUACAUAGAAGUCUUGCCCUGAAGCACGGGACGGCAGCCCCCGGGAAGACGCACGAGUCUGGAGACCGACCGCACCUGGGGGACAAGGCGUGCUGUCCCGGCCUCGCGACUGCCGGCGUCCUGUCCGCCAGCCUCCAGGGGGCACCGCACCACCGGCACCACCGGCCCGGCACCCAGCGGGCGGCCGGGAGCCCCGCCCCUCCGGCUCCUCUUCCCAGCACCUGGCGC